AUGGAUUCGCAGAAGGGAGAUGUUGAACGAGAAGCCAAAAAUGGAUUGAGUGGACGUAAUGAUAAUUUGUGUUCAUCGGCGGGUGGGUUACGCAGGGGUGUUGGAACCGACAAUCACAAAAAGAGUGAUAAACAAAAGGAAGAACUAGAUGAAGCAAUUGAAAUUUCUUUUGCUGAACCUUUAAGGAAAUCGGAUGCAUAUAAGUGGCAAUCAGGUGAUGAUAAUGAUCUUGCAAAAUCACAUCAAAAUGACUUUCAUCCAUCAAACCCUCCAUAUGUACCCAAGGGAAAUAGGGUAUGUGGUGGCUGCAACCGUGACAUUAAUUACGGCAAUUACUUAGGUUGCAUGGGGAAGUAUUUUCAUCCAGAGUGUUUCCGUUGUCAUGCUUGUAGUUACCCAAUCACCGAAAAAGAGUUCUCUUUAUCAGGGAAAGAUACAUACCAUAAGACUUGCUUUAAAGAGUUGACUCAUCCCAAAUGUGAAGUGUGCUUUCAAUAUAUUCCCUUAAAUGGAGAUGGAUUAAUCGAGUAUCGAUUACACCCAUUUUGGUCCCAAAAAUAUUGCCCCGCACAUGAGCUUGAUAAUACAGCUCGAUGUUGUAGUUGUGAACGACUUGAGCCGAUGAAUGUAAGAUACAUCUUAUUGGAAGAUGGAAGGAGUUUAUGUUUAGAGUGCCUAGAAUCUGCAAUAAUGGAUACGGGUGAGUGUCAACCACUUUACCACUCCAUUAGAGACUACUAUGAAGGAAUGAACAUGAGAAUUGAUCAACAGAUUCCCAUGCUUCUUGUUGAAAGACAAGCCCUUAAUGAUGCUACCACAAGGGAUAAAAACGGGUUCCAUCGUUUGCCUGAGACAAGGGGUAUUUGCCUUUAUGAAGAGCAGACUGUUGCAAGUAUUCUAAGAAGGCCGAGCGUUAGUGGUCAUCGGUUGGUGGGAAUGAGAACUCAAUAUCAGAAGCUGACUCGCAGAUGUGAAGUUACUGCCAUUCUUGUUUUGUACGGUCUUCCAAGAUUACUAACUGGAGCCAUUCUUGCUCACCACUUGAUGAAUGCCUGGUUACGUCUUAAAGGUUACAGGAACCUAAAUCCUGAGGUAGAAGCAGGUAUCUGUCAAGUGCUUUCAUAUAUGUGGCUCGAAUCAGAGAUCAUGCCCAACAUCCCAUCAUCAUCAUCAUCAUCAACAACAACAUCAAAGAAAGGUGGGAAAUCAAGAAAUGAGAACAAGUUAGGUGAAUUUUUCAUGCAUCAAAUAGCUCAUGAUGCAUCACCAGCAUAUGGAGGAGGGUUUAGAGCUGCAAAUGCAGCUGUUAAUACAUAUGGCUUACGAAGAACACUCGAUCAUAUUCGCCUUACUGGAAACUUCCCUCUGUGA